UAGAAGCGCUGAUCACUGUGAAAGGUUCAGAAGUGAAGGUGAGAUGAAAGGUCUUUGGAUGCUGUUGGUGCUUGUGGCUGUAGCCAAAGCUGAGAGGGUCUUCAGUGGUGAUCAGGUCAUCAGGGUUGAUGUACAGUCAGAGGAACAGAUUCAGCUUCUUCAGGCUCUGGGGGCUGAAGAUGAGCUGGAGCUGGACUUCUGGCUUCACCCAGUCUCCACUGAACUUCCUGUAGACAUCCGAGUGCCCCGUUCCAGUCUGAGCUCUGUGAAGGAGUACCUCCAUGCUCACAGCGUCCCCUUCACUGUCAUGAUUGACAACCUCCAGGAGCUCCUUGAUGAAGAGAAAGCUGAGAUGGAGGAGAACCAGAUGAAGGAGCGCAACACAAGGAGCUUCAACUUUGGAGCUUAUCACCGUCUGGAAACAAUCUACAGCUGGAUGGAUACCCUGGUGGCUCAGUACCCAGACCUCAUCAGCAAGCAGGACAUUGGCAGGUCCUAUGAAAACAGGCCCAUGUACGUGCUCAAGUUCAGCACUGGUGGCAACAAGCGCCCCGCUAUCUGGAUAGACACUGGUAUUCACUCCAGAGAGUGGGUGUCUCAGGCUACAGGAGUGUGGACGGCCAACAAGAUUGCCACUGAUUAUGGCAGUGACGCCUCCCUGACUUCUCUUUUGAACACUAUGGACAUCUACUUGCUGAUCGCGGCCAAUCCUGAUGGUUAUGUUUUCACCCACACCAAUAAUCGUAUGUGGCGGAAGACCCGUUCCAAGAACCCAGGCUCCACAUGCAUUGGAGUCGAUCCCAACAGGAACUGGGAUGCAGGCUUUGGUGGCCCUGGUGCCAGUCAAAACCCCUGCAGUGAUUCUUAUCAUGGCCUCUCUGCUCACUCUGAGAUUGAAGUGAAGAACGUGGUGGACCUGAUCAAGAGCCAUGGCAACUUCAAAUCCUUCAUCUCCGUCCAUGCCUACUCCCAACUGCUUAUGUACCCCUAUGGAUACACCUGCGGGGACGUGCCUGAUCAACCUGAACUGGACUCGGUUGGCAGAGCUGCAGUACAGAAACUCACUUCCCUCUAUGGCACCAGAUACAAGGUUGGAAGCAUCUGCAAGAUCAUCUAUCAAGCCAGUGGUGGAAGCAUUGACUGGUCUUACAAUAUGGGCAUCAAAUACUCCUUUGCUUUUGAGCUAAGGGACACCGGUUUAUAUGGUUUCAUCCUGCCAGCCAAUCAGAUCAUUCCCACUGCCACAGAGACUUGGCUGGCCCUGAAACACAUCAUGGAGUACGUCCGUGAUCAUCCCUAUUAAUGGCUCUAUAAUCAUACAUGGAGAAUAUGUCAUCAUCAUGCCAAUGAUGCCAAUAAACCUAUGAUGAUAA